AUGGGAUCCCUGAAGGCUCUCCAGGAGUGGUGUCGGCUACAGUGCGAGGACUACAACGAUGUGGAAAUCAGGGACAUGUCCGCGUCCUUUCGGGACGGCUUGGCGUUUUGUGCCAUCAUACACCGCCACAGACCAGACCUAAUAGACUUUGAUUCACUGUCUAAAGAAAACGUCUAUGAGAACAACCAUCUGGCAUUUGAGGUGGCAGAGGUGGAGCUGGGAAUUCCAGCCCUGCUGGACCCAGAAGACAUGGUGUCCAUGAAAGUCCCGGACCGACUGAGCGUCAUCACAUAUGUGUCUCAGUACUAUAACUUUUUUAACAACAAGUCCCAAGCAAACCCCCCAUCUAUGAAGAGGCUCAGUACAGUCAGCCAUAAUGAACCAUCUCAAAAAAGGCCGUCAACGCCUUUAGAAGACAAAGAGGUUGAGCCUGAGACCGGUGCAGAGGUGGCUGCAGCGGCCAAGCGCAGCAGCCUGAGCAGCACUUGUGCUGCUUGCCAGAAACACGUUCACCUGGUGCAGAGGUUCCUCAUCGACGGCAAGCUCUACCAUCGGAACUGUUUCAGGUGCACAGAGUGCCGCAGCACUCUGCUUCCUGGAUCCUACAAAGGAAAUAACUCCGGGGCAUUGGUGUGUACACACCAUCUUUCAAGACACGCUUCUGCCAGUCAGAACGGCCGUCCAGAUCUCAGUAAGAAACCAGAGGAAGUUCAGUCUGAUCGGACCGGUCGCAGUGCAGCUCCCUUCCCCGCGCUCUCUGAGAGGGAUGAGGUGAAGACCCCUUCUCCAGUUCGCUCAACAAGCACUGAGACGCCAGCUGAUGACUCGGUCACAGCCACUGCUGUAGUAACAAGUAAGGAAGAGUCUUUGGGUGAGGAAGAAGAGGAAUCGCGUCCUUCUUCUCCUCCUAAUCCUUUUGAAGAGAGUGAUGAAGAGGAGGAUGAGGGUGAAAUAGAGGAAGAAACUCAAGCUGAAGAAGCUUUAAAUGGGGAUCUUCCUCCCCCCUCUGAUGGUGAAGCUGCUGAAGCCAGUCGACCUGUUCCUGCACCCAGGAGGGUGUCAGAGGUCACCCCUCCACCUCGCCCAGCGCCUCGGGUUCGGAUGUCCUGCACCGCAAACAGCUCCCCAGCCGGUGAACAUCUGAAGCCUCCCACUCCUCCCAAACCAAGAGAAAGAUCACAGUCUCCUGGAAGUGGCACCCAUAAACUUAAAGACCCACCUUGGCUUGCCCUGGUCCAAUCAGAAACUAAGAGGAAGAAAGCCCCUCCUCCACCCCCUCCUGGAGUGGCAACGCCUCCAAACCCAGGCUCUCUGUCUUCUCUCCAAGCGGAGGGCUCUGAACCCAGCACGCCCCCCAACCCAUUUGAGGAUGAGGACGAUGAGGUCAAUGAAGAGGGAAGCGAUGGAGGAACAGCUCUACCCGCAGUGGCGGCCACCCACCCAUGGUACAACAUCACUCAGACACCUGAGGGGGCAGGUUCAGAGGUCACGCCCAGAACAGGAAGUUCAUCCCGUUCUGCCAGCCCAGGCAGCGCGAAGAGCAAGAAAAGGCCAGCCCCUCGGGUUCCCCCCCAACCGCCUACUGGGAACCAAGCUUCCUCUCACUCGCAGCCCUCUUCCUGUUCUCCUUCUCCAGCUCUCAGCAUAGAGAGUUUGUCUUCCUCCUCAGACCACAGCUCCUCCCAGCUCCCACUGGGUGCCAGCAGCGACCAGGAGCAGAGCUUCAGCAAGAGUGUCUCAGAGCCGUCCAUCUUGUCACCCAGCGACAACCCAUCUUCCUCGUCCUCGGCAGAUCUCCUGAACCAUUCCUCCCAAAGCUCCUCCCCGUCUGCUUUGCCUCCCAAUGCCAGCUCUGCGCCGGCCACUCCUCAGACCAGCCGCAACACUGGAGCCAAGCCACCUCGACCGACCACCACUCCCAGCCCGCUAACCACGAAGGCACCCAACAAAAAGUUUUGUAAGGAGAAUCCCUUCAACAGGAAAGCUUCUCCUUCCAAUGCCAAAUCUGAAACUCGACCUUCCAAAGGUUCUCGUCCUGCCAGACCCCCGGCACCAGGACACGGGUUCCCACUUAUCAAACGCAAGGUGCAGUCGGAUCAGUACAUCCCAGUAGAGGACAUCCAUGCGGAGUUGGUUCAGCUGGAGAAGCAGCUGGAUGAGCUGGAGCAGAGAGGGGUGGAGCUGGAGAAGAAGCUGAGAGACACUCCUAACGAUGAGGAUGAGGAGCGCCUCCUGGUGGACUGGUUCACUCUGAUUCACCAUAAACAUCAUUUAGUGCGACGUGAAGCUGAGCUGGUCUACACUGCAAAGCAGCAGAACCUGGAGGAGAGGCAAGCUGAUGUGGAGUAUGAGCUGAGGUGUCUUCUCAACAAACCAGAGAAAGACUGGACUGAGGAGGACAAGAGUCGGGAACAGGAGUUAAUGGCAGAGCUAGUUACCAUCAUUGAACAGCGCAACCAAAUAGUUAACAGCAUGGAUCAGGAGCGACAGAGGGAAGAAGAAGAAGACAAACUAAUGGAGGCCAUGCUGAAGAAAAAAGACUUUCACAAGGAUCCAGACAGUGACCACCAGAAGAAAAAAGGGACAAAGUUCAAACCCAUCAAGGUUCUAAAGAGGCUGAGCCAUAAAGGAGACGCAGGAAAGAGCCACAGCCCUCGCAAGGACAAAAGCUGAGGAGCAGGGACUGUUGGACUGUUUUAACAAGACUAAAUAAGUUUUUAUUAAAAGAAGAAUUAUGAAACAUAUCAGAUCAAGAAGAGAAACUUCACUUGCAACCUUGCAUCUGCUCACAAUCCUUCUAAAAUGUCUGCAGUGACUGUUUCCAUCUGUCUUUGUGUUUCAAAGCGAUGGUCUAACAAGCAAGUGCUUUCUGAGCUCUGAAUAGUAAACACGGUGAAGUGUAAGGGAUGUUUUUAUUGCGCAACACUGAUUUGUUUUAUUUCCAAGCUUUACUCUUCCGGUGUUGCUCAGUGACCAUGAAGGUCCGGCAGAGGACCAUGUUUUAAACUUUUUGUUUCACCUCGAUACCUGAGACCCACAAGUCAUGGUUUUAUUGUAGGGAUGCACCGAUCAGAACUUUGUGGGAGUGGAUCCAAUCUCUGGUUCAGUUAUGCUUUGACCUUCCGAAAUGUUUUUUAUCCAAAUCCAGAUUUACUUGGGGGCAUGAGAGGAGUAUUCUUUAAGAAGAAAACUGCAUUCAAUACAUUCUUUUACACAUUUCUUGUCCUCAACAAUCAUUAACAGUUAAUCUUGGAAACAGAGACAGUUUCAGACUGCAUCUGAGAAUAUAUAAUAAGUAUAAUGAUAAAUUGAUGUUGAAAACCAGAAAGAAUAGAACGGGCCAACUACAGUUAGGGGUGCACCGAUUGCAGUUUUCUGGCUGAUCGCUGAUUACGGAUCUUGAAAAAGCCUGACCUGCCGAUUUUUUUCCUGCUCCUUUUUUCUUUUUUGUCUGAAAUGUUGCUGAGUUGGGGUGACUGUUCACUGCAAACCUGCAGACAUGACCUGGUGGGCUGUUGAAUCAGUCACACUUCUCACAGGAGAAAAGAAGAAGUGGCUGAUUUUUAGGCCUUUGCUGAGGUAGAUGAUUGGGGGAUAAGAUUGACUUCACAUUGUAAGUAUUGGAUGAUCACCGAUUUCCCAAAAUUAAGGAAAUUUGCGCCGAUACAUCGGUGCACCCAUAAUCUAUGAAUGUAAUUCAUUCAGCCCUCCUGUUACCUACUGAAAGUGUCACUCUCUCUCGUUCUGCAGCCUUAUUUGCAAAAACAUUUUUUUGUUUUCAACAAGGUUCUUACAGCAGUGGAGCUUCUUCUGACUACAUUUUAAACACCCCACAGCUACAGAAAAUAUUCUCUAUACUGUAACAGCGUCCACAGGUCAGAUUUUUGUUACUGUGACCUGAUGGUGCAGAGGUACGGUGCGUUCACUGAUCGGUAAAAACAUCACAUUUUUGAGUUUCAGUUUGGCUACUCACAGUUUGGCUAAUCUGACAUGUGUAAUGUCAGAUUACACAUACUAUGUGUAAUCUGACAAUUACAGAUUACACAGAUUUAACUUAGGGUAAAGGGUCACCUUACCUUAGGAGAGAAGGUGGACCUUUUAUUUGUUUCAACCCGUUUGGUUUGAACUGGUGGUACUAUGUUUUUUAGGAUGAUUGUGUUUUUGCUUUAAACUGCAGCAUUUUCCAUUGAAAAGCUCAACCAGUAAAGUAUACCUAAAGAAUUCCAGCUGCUGUAGUGUCUCUGAAAUACUUGUCAUUUGUUUGUGCCUGUGCUGGAAACUUGCAGUAUUUAUGAGAAGAGUGUGUUUGGGAAAAAGGUGAAAGGGAGAAAAUGUUUUUUUUAAAUAAACAACCUUGUAGCUCUGUUAUAGUUCUCAUAAUUAUCCGUCACACAUGCAAUAAUUAGAAAAGGACAGUAUAUCAAUAAGCAAAAUACCAUUUUAUAGGAGCUUUAACUAUCAGGUUUAUGUAGGCUUCUUUAUGCAAUCAAUAACUUUCACAUUACAAAGCCUUGCUGUUUGUAUAUUGCCUUAAGGUUCAUAGGAAAUUGUAUUUAUGAUCUUGCUGUUUGAGUGCCAUUUAUUUAACUGCGCACGUGGAUGAAGGUCUGUAGAGUUCAUGUAAAUGUGUGUGUUGUUGCUCUGCUCAUGAUUUUGUCAUUUAGUUUCACUCCUCUGCCAUCGCUCUGCCUCUGCUCUGUGCCUGAUUUUUGUCCAGCGUGAACCAAGGGCUUCGGUCGCACAUCUUUCUCAACUAUACUGUAUUCUGCAACAGCAGCCGGAUUAAAUAAAGUACUGACAGAUGUAGGGUGAAGAAUAAACCAAAUUUAUUUA